AUGGUUCAGAAGAUGCCUGGUUCAGUUGUCCAAAUAGAAACACGACUACUGUACAACGGGAAUGAGGAGGCGCACGGUGUAAAAAUACUUCAUCGUGUAUUUUGGAGUUUCAAUCCAUGCAUUAGGGCAUUCAGGCAUUGCAAGCCCCUAGUUCAGGUAGACGACACACACUUAUACGGAAAAUACAAAGGUACACUUCUGGUCGCUAUUGCACAAGAUGGGAACCAGAACAUUGUGCCUAUCACUUUUGCCUUGGUGGAACGGGAGACAGCUGAUGCGUGGCACUUCUUUCUCAGGAAUCUGCGGAUGCAUGUUGUUAGAAAAGACGGUGUGGGUAUGAACUCAGAUCUGCAUGAGUCAAUCCGGGCAGUAGUAAAUCGUUCCAGAGGUGAUUGCAACUUCCUAAGGGCAUUCAAAGUCCCUCACUUGCAAAAGCUUGUUGUGAACAUAUGGUAUUCAAGAACGGUGGAAGCGUACAACAUCAACUAUAAGAGGUUGGAAGAGCGACGCGAGGCAUAUGCCAGGUGGUGCGAUGCCAUUGGACUCAGAUAUUGGGUAUUGGCAUUCGACGAGAAAUAUCGAUGGGGCCAUACGACGACGAACCUUGUUGAGUGCAUUAACUCAGUGUUGAAGGAUGCCCAUAAUCUACCUGUGUUAGCGCUGGUUCGAGCAACAUAUUAUCGGUUAAAUGAACCUUUUACGCAGAAGAGUGCCGAGACUCACGGACGCAAGCGUGCUAGAUUUACUUACUCCGUAUUUGCACAACAGCGGAUAGAAGCAAAUAUGCAACAGGCUGGGAAUAUAGUUGUACACCGGUGGAACGACUACCAUGUCGCCAUGUUUUUGCUUGCUGUGCUAACCAGCGUCUCGAUUGGUAGCUUUGAUGUGUUUGAUGUUAGUCGUAUGAAACCACUAUCACACGACGCACCCCCUGACGUGUGGUCUGAAGUAGGACCCCGCAUACCAUGGGGUAUAUCUACUGAUGCCCCAUGUGGAUCAGCCAACCCUGACGGUAAAGGCAUAGCACUGAAAUCUGACCAACCGCCCGAACUAGCGUUGGCCCAAUGCUGUAGUUGCUGA